CCGGACCUGCGCGUCCACUUGUUGAGUUCACAACAGUUCAACCAGAGCGGCUCUAUUUAAAGAGGCGACAACAUGGCACGCGGACAGGUCAGACGAGAGUCCGUGGAAACGGAGAUGCACAAGUCCGAAGACCAGGGGAAAAUGCUCGUGUUCACCAAGAAGAAGGGCUACGAUGUCAUCCGGAACCCCCACCUCAACAAGGAAAUGGCUUUCUCCCUGGAGGAGCGUCUCCACCUGGGGAUCCACGGCCUGGUGCCGCCCUGCUUCGUCAGCCAGGACGUCCAGAUGCUCAGAGUCCUCAAAAACUACGACAUGAAAAGGGACGACCUGGACAGGUAUGUGUUCCUGAUGGCGCUCAUGGACCGGAACGAGAAGCUCUUCUACCGACUCAUAACAUCGGAUGUGGAGAGGUUCAUGCCCAUUCUUUACACUCCCACUGUGGGCCUGGCCUGCCAGCAGUACGGCCUCAUCUUUAGAAGACCAAGGGGGCUUUUCAUCACCAUUCAUGACCGAGGGCACAUUGCUUCAAUUCUCCAAAACUGGCCAGAAAAAGACAUAAAGGCUGUUUGUGUGACGGAUGGAGAGAGGAUCCUGGGACUGGGGGAUCUGGGUUGCCAUGGCAUGGGCAUCCCAGUGGGGAAGCUGGCCCUCUACACGGCCUGCGGGGGAAUGCCUCCCCAGCAGUGUCUGCCCGUCAUGCUGGAUGUCGGCACAGACAACGAGGCACUCCUGAAGGACCCCCUCUACAUCGGACUGAGGCAUAAGAGAGUCCGAGGCCAGGCCUACGAUGACCUGAUCGAUGAAUUUAUGAAAGCCGUUUCGGCCAGGUACGGCAUGGAGUGUCUGAUUCAUUUUGAGGACUUUGCAAACAUCAACGCUUUUCGACUGCUGAGCAAGUACCGCAACAAAUACUGCACAUUCAACGACGACAUCCAAGGCACAGCAGCUGUCGCAGUAGCGGGACUCUUCUCCGCCCUCCGCAUCACCAAAAGCAAAAUGAGCAGCCACACCAUUGUGUUCCAAGGGGCAGGAGAGGCAGCGAUGGGAAUCGCCGAGCUCAUCUCCUCCGCAAUGGAGAAGGAGGGACUCGGCAAAGAAGAAUGCUUGAAAAAAAUCUGGAUGGUUGACUCAAAGGGACUCAUCGUCAAGGGCCGAGACAACCUGACCCACGAGAAGGAGCAAUUCGCCCAUGAGCAUCCUCAGAUGAGAAACCUGGAGGACGUGGUCAGGGAUCUGAAACCCACAGCCAUCAUUGGUGUUGCCGCUGUUCCCGGAGCUUUCUCUGAGCAGAUCAUCAGGGACAUGGCUUCCUUCAAUGAACGACCAAUCAUCCUCGCCCUCAGCAAUCCAACAAGCAAAGCCGAGUGCACUGCUGAGCAAUGCUACACAUUCACAGAGGGCCGUGGCAUCUUCGCCAGCGGCAGUCCAUUUGGCGCCGUCACCCUGCCUGAUGGGAGGACGUUCUAUCCCGGCCAGGGCAACAACGCCUACAUCUUCCCCGGCAUGGCCCUGGGCGUCACUGCGUGUUCCUUGCGACACAUCACCCAGGAUGUCUUCCUGACCACUGCAGAGGCGCUUGCUGACCAGGUGACUGACGAGGAUCUCGCCGAGGGAAGACUCUAUCCUCCUCUCCGCUCCAUGAGGAAGGUUUCUCUUAAACUGGCUGCUAAGAUCAUGGAUUACGCUUACCACCACAAAAUGGCCACUCUCCACCCCGAGCCGUCCGACAAAGAAGCGCACCUUCGCUCGAUCUGCUAUAGCACCGACUACGACGACUUCACCUUUGACUCGUACCAGUGGCCAGAGGACUGCACAGCUGUGCAGACGUGCAAACUUUGAUGUUCUGUACACAGAAACCAAAAGAAGCACCAAAAAUCAAAAAAAGCCCUUAAAGGGGAUUAUUACCACUGACGUGCAAAGUUAUCCAAGGAUUGAGAGUUGGGAUGUAAAAGAUGUGUGCAUAACCUUCCCUUUGAUCAUAUUAAUGUACUUUAAAUUAAUCAAAGACAACUCGAGCUUUAUUGGUUUGCAUUAUGAAAUAUUGCGUCUGUUGCUGUCACCACUUUGUUUUACAUAGAGGGUGAUGUUAUGGUGUAACUUUUUAAUCGUACUGUAAUAGUUAUUUUAUGACUGUGUCGGCUAAAAUCCAGACACUUUGCCAAAUUAAUAAAAAGUUUUGGAUUAAACGCUCUCUGGUCAGUUUAAUGCUCUCAGAGUUAUGGAGGCUCAUUUUUAACCUCUAUAACUUUUAUGAUUUCUUCUGCUGGAAGAAAUCAUGAAAAAGUCCAGGAUUUCCCCCUGAUGGUCUCAGACGUGUGGAUGAUGUUUUGGCUCCCUCCAGUGGUCAGUUGAUGUCAUUGUGACAUAUGGAUUGCCACAACCGAGGCACUCACUCCACAUGUGAUUUCAUGUAACUGUGCGUUCAGCAAUUUUACCAAAACUAAUAUUCUCUUCUCAGGUUUAAUAAUAAAGUAAAUUAAACCAAGGCCUUAGAAAAGCACAAGCAACAUGAGUAAAAUGAAAGACAAACGGACUCAGCAGUUCGUCUGCUGCGUCCGUUUGUGAUCGUAUAUUGUGGGGUGUGGGUUAAACUGUGGAGACGGGGGGGCAGACUAACGUUAUUUAAUCGAUCAAUAACUAGUCAAACAGUCUGUGGGCUACCAGAGGCCUGGGCUGGCCUACUAGCCAGGCCCGUCUGAAGCAAACAGACCAGUCAGCAUCCAGUGCUUGGCGUCCCUCCUCAGGCAAUGCACUCAGAGCCGUUCGGUCCUCCCAAGUCCUUCCGUUCGCUCAGCCACUAAAUCCCCCAUUUUGGCCUUAGGGAACCCCAGUUCUGCCCUGAUGAUCAAUAUGUCUCAAUGUCGGCACCAUCCAGGGGCCAGUUUAAGUGUGCAGGCUGCAGACGGUUUUGAUCCUUUGCCAGUAUUCAUCAGAAACACUCUCACCAGAUUUAAGUAUUUUUGCGCAUUUGUGUAGAAAGCUGAGCGACUGUCACAUUUUUCACAGCUCAGAUUCUCAGAGAUUUUUAGCUAUUGUUGCUGUUGGCCUAAGUAGUUGAUCGCAUUAAAUAUUCGGCAUUAAAAAUGUUUAAGCCGAGGAAUGAAUGUACCUCGACCUCACAAAAGUUAACACUUGUUUUGAAACAGCGCUCCGGUUUUAUCCAGACGCAGCUAGUUUAGCAGCGUUAGCGCUAACCAGCGCUAACGCUGGUUAGCGAGCUCAGGCUAGCUAAGCCAGUCAUUCUCAGUACAUCCUGGCUGUGGUUGUCUGGGAAACUGUUAAAAUGCCAGCUAAUUGAAAUAGACGUAAUAGAUUUUCGUAACAUUUUUAAGAUUCAAUCACAAGCGAGUUUUAGAUUUUUUGUUUGUUUUCUUGUUAGAUGAGCAAAAUUGCCCUGAAAAAUAAGUUAAAAGUUUACAGUCGUUGAGCUGUAAACUGUGAGCUGCACUGACAAUUGCUGCUCACAUUGAUUGAUCAAAAUCUACUGAUAUACAAUGUAGGUGGUUUUGUAAAUGUACCUCUAGAAAGAAACAAAAUGUUAUUUUCCCUAUUUUGCAUGCAGAUUUAGUAGAACACCCCUAAAAGAAAAUAUAGCUCUACAUACACUUUACACACAAUAAGAUAAUAUUCCAGAUCUGCUGCUAAACAUUUCAGCUUUUAUACUUAAUGCCACUCAAAAUGGUUGUGAUGAAAGGUCCCACCUUAUAUAGCAGAUCACACAAGUUGCUUCAUUAACUUGCCCGUAGUUUCAGUCGUUCAGAUACGGUGAUGGGUUUUCCCAUUUAUCUCUGUCCACUUUUCAGUAGGAGAAGCAGGAUGUUGGUGGAGCGAACGCUGCUUUGCCUGCAUGUUUUUCUGAGCUAACUUUAAGCUUCUGCCUGACACAUUUUGGCCCCGCCCUGCAGGCCUUUGACACCUCUGAGGUCACAGACAGACAGACUCUGACUGGCAUCUGUAACCUUACACCCCUCUGACCUUGUUUGCAGUUUCAUUAAAUGGCACCUUACUUGGACGUUCUGAUUAGUGCUAAUCAGUAAACCUCCCCCCACCAAACCCUGAGGCUAGACACAGUGUGACUGUGUCUAGCCGUCCUCCCCGUCCUCUGCCAUUUCACAUUUCCCUCUCUACGUCCACCAAGCUAUGAGACCAGAACAGCCUCCAUUGCUUCCAGCGCCAAUGAUUCGCACGCUCUGUCCUUAUUGGUACGGUGAGCUUAGUCUUUUAUCUUACUCACCCUACGAAAGUCAUUAAACCCUAACAACUCAGAGUUACCUCCCUCAAGUGAAGGAGCACUCUAAGGUUUUGCAAAUGCCCAGCAGAGGGCGCACUAACACGUUAUUUGAGACGCUCUCAGCUUCCAUUGCUGCGUUUGAUGCAUCUCAGGUUAGAACCACAUAGAUGCAGUAUUAAAUAGAGAACAUACUGUAUUUGAAUUUGAAGUUUAUGCUUGCGUUCUCACUAAGACCAGGAAGAUAGAGACAUAACACCAGUUUUGAAGUCCCUCCACUGGCUCCAUGUAGCUCAAAGAAUAGAUUUUAAAAUACUGUUGUUAGUUUACAAAUCACUGAACGGUUUGGCAUCACAAUCUGCUGUUGUUGUAUCAACCUUCCAGACCUCUCAGGUCUUCUGGUUCUGGUUCUGCUCUGCAUCCCCAGAACCAGAACCAAGAGAGGAGAAGCAGCUUUCAGCAUCUAUGCACCAAAUAUUUGGAACAAACUUCCAGAAAACUGUAAAACAGCAGAAACCCUGACUUCCUUUAAAUCUCAACUAAAAACACACCUGUUUAAUUGUAUUUGAAACGUAAUAUGUAACAAUGCAUUGUCUAUUAUAUGAUGCAUGACUUUGUGUUCUUGUGUUUAUGAUGUAGAGCACUUUGAAAUGCCUUGCUGCUGUAAUGUGCUAUACAUUUAUAAAUAAAAUGUGAUUUGAUUUGA